AUGUCUGCCGCGAAGACCAAGGCCCAGGGCAUCAUCGACGACAACGCUGUUGCCGUCUUCAGCAAGUCUUACUGCCCCUACUGCCGCGCCACCAAGUCGCUGCUCUCCGAGUUGGGCGCCAAGUACUACGCCAUCGAGCUCGACCAAGUCGAUGAUGGCGCCGCCAUCCAGGACGCUCUCGAGGACAUGACCGGCCAGCGCAGCGUCCCCAACAUCUUCAUCGACAAGAAGCACAUCGGCGGCAACAGCGACCUGCAGGCCAAGAAGUCGGAGCUGCCCAGCCUGCUCAAGGCCGCCAAGGCCAUCUAA